AUGCGUCAAGGGACGGGUACCUCUUCCGCACCCUUUGGCUCAAUCCAAUCAGCCGUCAACGCUGCUGCGCCUGGCGAUGUGAUCCUUCUACGCGCUGGUACAUACAAGCCCACGACAAACAUCCAAAUCACCAAGAGCGGCACCAGGAUCCAGCCCAUCACACUCCGUUCCUUCGAGAAGGAGAAGGUCAUCAUCGAUGGCGAAAACAUGCCCGGCACACCGUACGCUCUAGACGAGUCUCUACCGAACAAAGAGCGCGGUGCUCUCCACAUCGAGAAAGCGAACUACUGGAAGUUCUACAACUUGGAGAUCAUCAACGGCCCAUACGGCGUAUACGCCCGCGACGCGUCGCACAACCACUACGAACUCCUCACCACCCACGACAACUACGAAACCGGUUUCCAACUCCAGGGCGCCUCCUCCAACAACACCGUAGUAUACCUCGACUCCUACCGCAACCGCGACCCGCGCAAGAACGGCGAGUCCGCCGACGGCUUCGCCUGCAAAGAAGGGUCGGGCGAAGGCAACGUCCUGCGCAAUGCGCGCUUAUGGGAGAACGUCGACGACGGCCUCGACCUCUUCAUGUUCGGCUCGUCCGUCACACUGGAAGAAGUAUAUGCAUGGGGCAACGGCUUCAACCGGUGGGACUUCACCUCUUUCGAGGGCGACGGCAACGGCUUCAAGCUCGGUAUCACGGACAACCCGCCUGCCAACCACAUUGUGCGCAACUGCAUGGCGUUCUCCAAUGCGAAGAAGGGGUUUAUUGACAACGGGAACCCUGGUAGCUUGACGGUCGAGCGCAAUACCGCGUGGAAGAAUGGUGAUGUGGGCUUCAAUUUCCGCAGCUCCAGCUCGACUAUGAAGAACAAUAUUGCUGUUUCGAAUGUGGGUAGCUCGCAGGUUAGCCUCACCGCGUCGGGUAUCAAGGCGACGGGUAAUUCGUGGCAGUCGGGCAGCUGGUCGGAUGCUAGCUUCGUGAGCGUUGAUCCUGCUACCUUGAAGAAGGCAAGAGGUGCUGAUGGAAGGGUUCCGAAGAGCGACUUUCUCGUGCCGAAGAGCGGUGCUGCUAUUGGCGCGACUACACAGUCUGAUGUCUGA